AUGAUACAAUGUUAUGGGAAAUUCAUUCCGAGACUCGCGACUCUAGCAGCGCCUUUGAAUGGUCUGCGGAGAAAAAACGCACCGUGGAAGUGGGGUGCACAGGAGAAAACUGCCUUCAGGCAGAUACGUGAGAAGUUAACGGCGGCGGACACUUUAGCACAUUAUAAUCCAGAUAGUCCGGUAGUAUUAGCUACCGAUGCUUCAGAAUAUGGUAUUGGUGCAGUAUUAUACCAUAGGUACGAAGAUGGUACCGAAAAAGUUAUUGCGUACGCAUCGCGUUCUUUGACGAAACAGGAGCGCAAUUACGCCCAAAUAGAAAAAGAGGCGUUGGGCAUAGUAUACGGUGUUGAGAAAUUCAAUCAGUUUCUCUAUGGUCGCCGUUUCACCCUCUUAACGGAUCAUCAGCCGUUAGUGAGGAUUUUUGGUCCCAAACAGGGGCUGCCGGUAAUAGCAGCAAAGAGGCUGCACAGAUGGGCGUUGAGGCUCAUGUUGUACUCUAUAGGGAGAAUAGAGGGACUGUCGAGAUUACCUGAUCCAAGAGAGUUGCCCAGCUCCGAAAUGGUAGUAAGUGAAUUGCAAGUGCAGCAAAUGGCAGAAGAAGCGAUGGAAAAUCUCCCUGUAGUAGAAGUGGAAAUAGCUGAGGCCACGAAAUGA